UAAUAAAAAAGAAGAAGAAGUGUUUCCACCCGGAUUUAAUUUUGAGGCGGACCUCCAGCUGUUGGAAAAUCCAAACUCCUCGGUUUUUCACACAUUUAUUGUGUCCAUUUCAGCCAUUUUCUCUCUGGGUCUGGCUUGCGCGGCCGCUUUAACGCCGGAGCCCGGUCGCUAUGCGCGGCGCGCGCGAGUUUGACCGUUAGCGUCGGACCCAAACUGCCUCGUCUCGUCGCAGCAACGUCGAAGAAGAGAGAACCAUGGAGAAAUUCGAAGGCUACAUGUUCACGGCUCUGUGCAGCACCAACUUCUUGGUGUCCUGCCUGCUGUUCUCCAGGGUGACGCGGGAGCAGAGGGAGCCCUACAUGGACGAGAUCUUCCACGUCCCGCAGGCGCAGAGAUACUGCGAGGGCAAAUUCAACGAGUGGGACCCCAUGAUCACCACCCUCCCCGGCCUCUACCUCGUCUCGGUGGGCAUCAUCAAGCCGAUGGUGUGGCUCACCGACCUGACGGGCGGCGUGGUGUGUUCCACGGCCAUGCUGCGCUUCAUCAACCUGCUCUUCAACUGCGGGAACCUCUACUUGAUCUACCUGCUGAUCUGCAAGCUGCACCACAGGGAGAAGACACGGACCACCUCCCGGCGAGUGCUCUCGGCGCUGUCUCUGUCCACCUUCCCCGUGCUCUACUUCUUCAACUUCCUGUACUACACGGACGCCGGCUCCACCUUCUUCAUCCUCUUCGCGUACCUGAUGACGCUGUACGGCAGCCACAAGGCCUCGGCGCUGCUCGGCGUCUGCGCCGUGCUCUUCCGCCAGACCAACAUCAUCUGGGUGGUGUUCUGCGCCGGCACGCUGGCGGCGGCCAAGAUGGACGAGGCCUGGAGGACGGAGCACGCCAAGAAGCGGGACGAGAAGCCCGCGCCCUCCCAGGUGCCGCUGUCGCUCGCCGGCGCCCGGAAGGUGGCGGCGUUCGCGCUGGAGUUCGCCGCGUCGCCCGGGCACGUGAAGGCGGUGCUGCAGGUGGCCUGGCCGUACGCGGCGGUGGGCGCGGCCUUCCUGGCGUUCGUGGCGGUCAACGACGGGAUCGUGGUCGGCGACAGGACGAGCCACGAGGCGUGCCUCAACGUGCCGCAGCUCUUCUACUUCUUCUCCUUCGCCCUCUUCUUCUCCCUCCCCGUCUCGCUGUGCUACCACCGCGCCCUGCGCUUCCUCCACGCCGUGAAGAAGCAGCCGCUCUUCUUCCUCUGCGUCACCGCCGCCUCCUUGCUGCUGGUGUGGAAGUUCACCUUCGUGCACAAGUACCUCCUGGCAGAUAACCGCCACUUCCCCUUCUACGUGUGGAAGAAGGUCUUCCAGAGGCACGAGCUGGUGCGCUUCCUGCUGGUGCCGGCGUACGUCUUCGCCGGCUGGAACUUCCUGGACGCCUUCAGGUCCCGCUCUCUGUUCUGGAGCCUGGCCUUCCUGGCGUGCCUCCUGUGCGCCACCGUCCCCCAGAAGCUCCUGGAGUUCCGGUACUUCAUCGUGCCGUACCUGAUGUACCGCCUCCACAUGCCGCUGCCGUCUCUGCCGCGGCUCGCCGGCGAGUUCCUGCUCUACACGGCCGUCAACGCCGCCACCAUCUACGUCUUCGUCGCCAAGAGCUUCCAGUGGCCGGACAGCGCGGCCGCGCAGAGGUUCAUGUGGUGAAGAGGCGGCCUGGUUCGGUCGUCUCCUCCGAGAAGCAGCACACCGGGCAUUAAGAACUCUGUGAAGAUCCGACAGUCACAUCCAAAAUUGCCAGAAUGAAUCGUUACUGAGGCUGGUUACAAGAGAAGGUGACUGAUGCCGACAAAGACGACGUUGAUAUGUGUGCUGUAGUCUGGAAGAGAAUCUAUCGUCUGGAAAAGCUCUCUGAACUCCUCCCUUAGGUCCUUUUUUCCACAGUGAAAUUUGUGCGUUUUCUACUUGCGAUCGUUCUUUCUCUUACUGUAAAUGAAAGCAGCAAAGUGCUCUGAGCAAGGUUCCCACCCAGUAUGGAAAAACUGUAUUUUUUUUUUUUAAAAGGCAAAGCGAAUGUAUCGUCGGUAACAAAUCUCUUUUGGGCGUUCAAUACAGUCCAGAUGGCAGAAAAAGGGAUGAAAUCUCCGUUUUACCACGCGGCCAAAUCAGAAGCCAACGUCGGCGUGGUAAAGGCUUACAAACGUCGAAAAUCAAACCAUAGUAUUGGCAAAAGGUUUUGUCCUCCAAAGUUUAAAACAUUAUUCUAAAAAAAAAAAAUGCUGGACAAAGUUGUGAAAAUCUGAGACUUGUAAAGUUUUGAAAUAGAACCCUGUGCUACUCUUUGCCAGCAGGCUGUACACGUGACAGCAGCACAAUCUGACGGCCGUCUCUGAACGCUCGUUUGUUUUGGACUCCUUCAGGCACAAGACGGAGCCGCCUGCCAUGUGACGUUUCAGAACAACCAUCCGUCACUUCUUACCUGACCGGAGGGGGGGGGGGGACCUUUGUACCCGCUUAUACAACAGAUGAUUUCAAGUUAUUUCUGUAUCCCACCAUAUAGUGCUGUUCACAUCCUGCUUGUUGCUGCGCACUGCAGGCUCAGCUGGCUGAAAGCAAGGUUCUUACACUUUAAAUUACAAGACAGACCAAUUUUGCCGUCGCAGAACGUUUUAUAUGCCCCUUUUUCUGACGUUUAGUUUUUAGUUGUUUUUGGGGUUUUUUGUGAGUUAAUGUCGGAUCAGUACGAAAUCUGAAGGAGAACCAAAAUAUUUCAGAAAAUCAUACUUGAUGAUAUUUAGCUGCAAGGGGGGAAAAAACAACUGAUAGGCCAAAGUGAGGGCGGUUUAUGAGUGAUGGUAACGUUGGUAGCAAAUGACCCGGAGGUGAAGAACGACGCCAAAAAAUGUUCCGUUUCUUGCCAAGUGAAGAACAGUGACUGUUAGCCGACAUGUUUUCCAUACAUACCGUAAUUCUUACGUUUACAAAAGCCAUGAAGGUCUACUGGAGAUAAACGCUGAAUCUGUGUGUUUAGUUGCUUUUCUUAGUGAUUCAUUCCCAUUUCUUUUUUUUUUUUCUCCUCUCUGGUGUUUUUGUCUUUGCUAAUUGGUGGACAUGUGAUUAGUUCUGCAGGUUGUGUCUUACCCAGCGUCUCUGUGACAGUGUGAUACGUGAUGAUGUCACUUUUGAUCCGCCGUCUGUUCAGCGUCGUAGAUGAGUCCUCUCAUCAGACCCCCACCAGUCCCAGUCCCGCAUGCAGACACCUGCUUAAAGAUCAGCUCAGCAGUCGUCCUCUUUUUCUCCUUUAACACCAUCCAAAUGGAGCAGGUCAGGAAGUUCUUGUUUCUGAGCGGCUAAAGCUCUGGUAACGACGCUGCAUUCACGGGUCCCUCUGAAACGGGACGCUUCGGCUUUGGUUCGCCUUGUUUAAACCUGUUUCUCCUGCCAUUGUGUUUGUGAUCUUUCUGCGUCCACUUCUGUUAACUUCUUGAUACAACUUUGAAUAAAAUGUGUUCCAAUAAAA